CAGUUAGGACACUGUAUGCACUCCGGGUUGUAAAAGUGUGUGGUGUGUGUGUGUUUGUGUGUGUGGGUUUGCUUGGAGGGAUAUACAUCCCCCUUCCUGCUUCUACCCUUGCACUGCAUGAAAAUAGCAGGUGGAAUCCCAGAGAAUCUGUUUGUGGAACAAUCCUGAGGCACUCAGCGCUCUGCACUUUUGGAAUCAUGGGAGUGGCCCAUGGAAAGAAAGCAGAUCAUAAUCAUCAAAAUCACAACUCUGCUUGUGCUCAACCACUUAUUGGACCUGGUGAAUCAGUCUCUGAUCUUGGAGCCGUGAUAGACCCUGAUCAAAGGUGGGGCAGAGAAGAUGAUUUAGACCAGAGCAAGUUGCUUCCUGAGCAAACAGACAGCGGCUACUAUGAAGAGCUCAUCAGGCCCAAAAAGCUCCACAAUCCCAUCAAAGCAUCCAAGAGCCACCGGGAGCUCCAGCGAGAGCUGAUUAUUACGCACAAAAGAGGAGCAGUGGUUGAGGAGAAGCCAGAGUUACGGAGAGUUCUGGAACAGAGAAACAGAGCUCAAGUUCUGAAACAAGACAGAAAACAGGAGGAAGAGAAAUCGCCACUGGAGCAGGAGUUACUGAAGAGACAGAUGAGGUUAGAGAAGUUUGAGAGAGAAGUCGAAGAGCAGAGAGAAAUGUCGAAGUGCGCGCCCGAGUUCAUCAGGGUCAAAGAGAGCCUAAAGAGGACGACGAUCACAAGUGCUGUGGAGAAAGAGCUGUAAUCACACAUUACAUUACUUCACUGAUCUUGAUACUCCUCCAGCUGCUGAGUCGAACACCUCUUAGUUUUAUUUAGAAAGUUUGGGGUUUGGAUUUUGAACGCGAUCACAGAAUGUGAAAAACCUGUUGACAAGGACAAGAAUGUUGAAAAUAUGGGCUAAUGCUAUGUCAUAUUAAGCACUUGUAAUGGUCGAAUGAGAUUUCAUUGUAAUUGCUGAUUACAGGACUGUAAUUUGCACCAGUUACAGAAACACACAAGAACAGAAUAACUCCAGUAUACUGGAACUGUAUCUAGUGUUUGAGUAUAGAAAUUAUUGGCCUGCCAUAUUUAUAUAUUAUAUACUUUUAUGAACAGACGCCAAUUAUUUCCACUUUUUCUACAUUUAUGGUUUGAAUCGUUUGAUAUGUUCACAUAUGCAUACUAGUUUGGGAUAUCAUGCACUACUACAUUUAACCAAAUAUGUAGUACAAAAAGAAAAGGACAACGUAUCCUAUAAUGCCAUGUGUUAGGCUUGGCGAGGCAAAUUUUAGCAUCUCUUUUUCUUGACUCACUAUUUGAUUGGGCAGGCAUAGCUAUUUUUUCCCACAUGCAUUUUGUUUUAACAAAGUUAUCUUUUACAAUUAAGAUUCUUGUAUAAGUGACUUUUUUAUUUAAAGAAAUAGAUGUUUUUUUUCCAUUGCAGAUUUGGUUAAAUUUAGCAUUACAUCACUUGAGCACCUACUGAAACUCUGCAGCGAAUGGGUGCCGUCAGAAUGAGCAUUACUUAACUUCAGUCCAUCAAUUAGGUCCUUUGCAGUGAAAAGCUGCUUGUUUGUAUCAAACAUCCAUCAUCA